AGUGACGUCACGAUGUCUGCAAAUCGUCUCUGUGUGUGUUUGUGUGAUGGCUUUGUGCGGAACGACGCGGAGAUGUUUGGGCGGACGAGUCAGCCUAGAACCUGAUUUCAGAGAAACCUAUAUGAGCAAGUGCAUUUGAGGAGCCAAAAGGCAGGCAGCCAUGCAGAGUCCGACCCAGUCAAACUGCAGGCCAAACCCUGUGACCACAGCAACCACAGAGCAACCACUGGACACAGAGACUGAAGAUCCGCCAGCACAGAGUGAACCAGAUGCACAAGAAAAGGAGAAUGAACCUGACGGGACUGCAGCAGUAGUCUCGCCACAGGAAAAUGGGACAGGGUUGCUAACAGUAGAAACACCUGCAAGUAUGGCAGUCACACAAUCAGUGGAGAAUGAGCCUGCUGUUCAGCCACUAACAGAGCCCCCAGUUGACACUGCAGGGAUGGAGACAAGCUCUGCUUCGAAGUCAACUGCCCCCACAGAACCGAUGCCUGACAUGAAUGCAAAUCCUGGGUGUGGUGAGCAAAAGGCAAAGAAACAGAAUACAGGUAUCCGUGAUGGUAGGAAAUAUGUUCCUUCCAAGAAAGCCAUGGUAGAUCCUCUGAAGAUGGACAUGUCCAAACCACUGGUUAUGCCUCUCACAUCGUCUCAGCUCUCCCUGCAGUGCAUCGAGUGCCACAUAAUCUUCAGUGAUCACAAGAGCAAAGAGCGUCACCUGAAGUUGAGCCACCCAGCAGAAUAUGAACAGUGCAUUCUGAGGAACGCCCUUUUCGCCUGUUACGUUUGUGACCGCCACUUCACAAACUCCACCGAGCUCAUGAUCCACCAGAAAGCCCACACAGAGAAGAAACCCUUCAAGUGUCCAAUCUGUGGCCAGGCCUUCAACAAGUCAUCAGAGCUCACCCUUCAUAAAAAAAUUCAUUUUGGCCAGGACGGUUAUGCCUGCGCUGACUGUGGCAAACCUUGCAAAACGAUGACAUUGCUGAAGUAUCACCGCCGCACACACACUGGAGAGAGGCCGUAUGUUUGCAAGGAGUGUGGAAAGAGGUUCACUAUGUCCAAAGCUCUGCAGAAACAUAUGGUGUCACACUUGCCAGAGGGAGCUGAAGGAGAUGGGGGAGACACCACAGCUAAAGCACCACUCAAGAAAGAUAAUGGUGCUUCUACAAUAAAGUACCCUUGUUUGAUUUGCAAGUCCACUUUCAAGAGUACCAAGACACGUCUACAUCACAUGAAAACUAAGCACAAUGUGUUGCCUGCUGCAGCCAGUAAGACCCUCCCAGCUGGGCAGCAAGUGAAACAAAGUACACCCAUUAUUACUCCAAUAUCUUUUUGCCAACCAGCUUUACUACAGAUGGAGCCCAAUGGACCUCUGCAAAAGGUUGAUGCCAAUAUUGACACAGAACAGAUUCGCAGACUUAUUGAAUCUUUGGGAAAUGUGCAGAAAGUGAACCAAGUUGUCAUAUUGGGGCAGGUGCCACCUCAUGCCCCACCACUGGAAGUGCAGCAGAUAUCCCAGAUGAUAGAAACGGGGAAUUAUAAUCUCAAUCCACCACAGAUGGAUUUUCUAGGACUGAAACAGCCGGAAUCUAAGAUAGUUGAAUUGGACCCUUCAAAUAACACAUGUUAUUCAAUGGAGCAAACAAUUAUACUGGAACCUAUUACGCCAGAUGAACAGUUGGAAAACCCCUCUUUCUCAGAACUAGGUUCCCACAUAGCAUCAGGUGAAAAUAUGGAGCUAACAUUCAAUCCGACUCAACAUACAGAGGGACCGGAGGGAGAGGUCAUGCAUCAGAUCCUUCAACAGCCCGAUAUUAGUGCAAUUCAGUCUGAUCCUAUGGAUCAAAUGGUUUGUCAGAAUGAGGUAGAAGAAAACCUUGAGCAAACAGUCAUAUUAGAACUUAUACCAACUGUGGAGCUGGAACAAUCCCAAACUGUCCCACAAAAUGAUAUCCUGUCCUCUCUGGUACCAACCACCGACCUGGAGAAGACUGCGGAUCAGACUGUAUUAGAUGAGCAGGAGGCCAGCCUGUCAGCCCCACCACUUAUGACUACAGUUGAGCUGGAGCUGACACCUUUACAAACCGAGCAACAGGGCCUUCCUUCUUGCCCUUUUGUUACACCAGACACACUUACACAAACUCCAAGUGAAUCUGAAACUAAUCUCAAAGAAAAGGUUGAUUCACAGAUUCAAACAGUAAGUCUAGAUCAGGGCCACCCAGUGAUGGAUGGAGCUGCACCACAGGAACAAGCUGAAGAACCAUCUGAACAAGAACCAUCUGAGAAGUUACUGGUAGAUAGCAAGAAGGAUCAGGAGCAGGUGGAAAACCUGUCUGAAGUAGAGGUUCCACCUGCAAAAGAAGAUGUUCCAUCACACUUAGAGACCAAGCAGGUGCCACAGAUGUCAGAGUUACCCAUAAAUGUAAUGUCAGCUCAAGAACUGGUGAAAGUGCGGAAAAGAAAGCCUAGCAGGGCAUUUAUCUUUCAAGGAUAUAUGCAAGAACUGGUUGGUUCCAUAUACAAGGAUGAUUUACAAACUGAUGCCACACCUGCCAAACGGAAAAGAACAAAAAAGUCUCACCUUGUUGUUAAAUUUGGUCCACAAAGCAAAGAGAAGAAAAACAAGAAACAGAAGAAGCCAUCACAGCAGCGUCAGCCAACACAGAAAGAAGGGAUAAGAGGUCAAACACAAACAACAAAUCUCUCAGAGAAAAAGGUACCGUCACAGAAGAAGGGAAGAAAAGGAAAAAGGGACAAGAAAGCGGGACAUUUGGUAUCUAUGGCUGAAAUAAAAUCGCCUUCAUCAACCCAGGACUCACAAGUGCAACAAAUCAAAGAGGAUACAAGAAAAAAAAAUAUGAAAAAGCAAAAAGAAGGGGCUAGGGAGGGUGUGACACACAUACGUGAGCAUAAAACUGUAGCCUCACCUGCAUUUAAAAAGAAAAAACAAACAAAACUAAUCCGAAAAGACCAGCCCAAGAAUGCAAAGGAUGGGAAGAGAAAGAAAAACCUGACAAAAAACCUGGCCCAGGAAGAAAAUGUCAAUACAAAAACAAGCGCAGCUUCAGCAGACAUGCCUGGACCACACAUAACGCAAGACGCUCUACUUCUACUGAAAGGUCAUAAACAGCCUCAACUGAAAGUUUACAAGUUAGACCCUUCAAAGGCAUCAGGUCAGACACAGGAGGCUUCUCCUCAUGAGGCCCAAACAAUGUCCCAACAGAGGAAAAGUAACAAAUGCAAACAUUCAACAAUUGACGCUACAAAUAGUCUCACCACAGAAGGUAAGAAAAAAGGAGGAAGACCCAAAAAGAACCAAAAAGCUCCUUCAUUGUUGUCCUCGCUACAGGCUUCCCGUCAAGCACCUGAGACGCUGCCCACCAAGCCAAAGACCACCAGGAAACGUAAAGCCUCCUCAAAAGUGGAGACUGAAGGAGUGAUAACUUCUCAUUCCAAGCGUGCCUUAGAGUGUAAGGAAUGUGGGCAAAGAUUUAGCGAAGUCUCAUCCCUUCAAAAGCACAAGGCAACGGUGCAUAUCGUAGAGAGUCCCGGUCUCACUUACACCAAUGGGAACAUCUUUGAAGGUGUCUCCAGAUUGGAUCUUUACCAGCUUCCAAAACUGCACGGUAAGGUUGUUGGAGUUAUGCAUGCUGCUACAGACUGGGAUACUGAGCCAGAGAUGGCAGAGAUGGCAUUAGAGGAGCGAGAGAGAAGUGUCUCUUUUCCAGCUUUAAUUCCAUCCCCAUCUUUACCUGUUCCUCCUUCAGAUGUUGAAGUGAGUUCCUAUGAAAAUAAGACUAGAAGUAAAACAGGAGCAAAUGAUCAAUCUUAUACCUCUCCAGAAGUUUGCUCACCAUCUGAUCAGUUCAAAACCUGUGAGGCCCCUCCAAACUUCACAUCUGAAUGUCCUUUAAGUACCUCUACUCAGACAAAGAGUUCAGACACAGGAGAGCCUUUGGCAUCAGAUGAGCACAAGCAAGAAGAAGGCACACUAAGGAAUCCCAGCUCAGAAUCUGAAGUCCAGGGUACCACACAUGAAGACGUUAAGGAGGAUUUACUUUUCGAGGUAGACUUAGUCACUGUUGGGGAGCAGAAUGAAAGGGAUGAACCAACCUCUCAUGAAGCCACUUUUUCCCAAAACGAAUCCAAUGGAACCUGCAAUUCUGAGGGUGGAAGCACUGACAAACUUCCUGGGCAAAUUAGCAAUGAAAUAACAACUGGAAAAAGUCUAACUUCACAGACUGUGUCAUGCUCCACUCAUCAAGUGGAUAUCAAAGAAGAGGAGGAAGAAAUGUUAGUCCAGAAGAAAAAAGGAGAAAAAGGAUCUUUUUUGAGGAAUGGUGGUAGGAGAAGAGCAACAGGACGUCUAAAACGUGACCCAAUAUCAAAGAGAGUUUCAGCUGGAGAUACGAUCGGAGGAACAGAAUCGGAGAAAGAACAGGAUGACGAGAAACGUCCCAUCAGCUCUGAUUCAGAAAUGAAUGACGAAGGCGAGGCCUGCACAAAGACUUCACAGACAGAGACCAGUCCUGAGACCAACAAAGCUACUGCUCCUGCCACACCCUUGCCUUCCAUGCCCUCUACAUUAGAGGAAUCUCCUGAAGACCGAGUAGCGUUUGAGCCGGAGUCGGUUACCACUAGUGUUGAGGAGGCAAUGAAUGUUAGAGGACUGCAGGGAAGAGAGGAACAUGACAGGGAUGCUGACCAUUCGCCAGUCAUCAUACUUGAAAAGUUCCUCACCUCUAGACAAACAGCGACGGCUGACAAGGAGCCGUGCCUGAUGACAGCGAGGAACAGAAAGGGUUUGGACUGUAUUGCUGAAAAUGAAGCCCGUGGGAGCCAGGAGAUCAAGGUUGAAGAGAAUAUGUCAGAACCACCACUGGUUGCACCCAUCUGUCAAAACAGACAGAGUGCAAGUGUGCAGCCACAGCACCAUCGUGAUAUAAGAACUGUUCUGGUGAAGGAGGAGAGCUGCAGCCUCGUGCUAAAUGAGGCUCAGGACACGCAGGGCAGCAGACACAUCCGAUGGAAUGUGGAGCCAGUCAACAUUGACUCCUCCAGUCCAUUAAUGGAGAGUGGGGAGACAACAAGGAAGGAAGGUUGCGUCACCCCGGAGUUCAACACCAACCAGUGUAUCUUCUACCCAGUAAAGGAGGAGGAGAGGGAGGUUCUACUGGGAGCUGUUCAGACCAACAGUGGGGAUUUAACAACGGGACCACCCAGUGAUGCCCAGCAGAUGGAACAUCAAGCAGCAGAUAGUAAUUUAGAUGAAUGGAGCCCUUCUGCACUUGACUACCAGGAAAUGAGAGUGAGAGGACUAUUGUCAGAACCAGGGGUCAGUGACUUUGCAGAUGGACAAGCUGAGGCAGACACUGAGUGGCAGCAUCCACAAGCCCUCCGGGACUUUCUCCUCCAGAGUUCUGAUGAAGAGGACGUGGGUGGUUUUGAAUUGUCUGAUCCUCAGCUUGAUUCAGAAGCAGAAGUAAUGGCCUAUUUCUACAAGAACCAAAAAAACACAGCAUGGCAGCCAGAUGAAAUGUCAGAAAAUUUGCCAACUUCAACGAGCCAGCUCCAAACACCAAGAGAGGAAAACAGGACCAGAGAGCCCAUUGACUACUUCUCCAAGUAUUUUGGUUGGGAUACCUGGGUAGAAAUUGCCCAUUGCACAAAUAAACUAUCCAACAUGGCCAAACCUUUCACAGCCAGAGAGGUUGCACGGUUUGUUGGCAUCCACAUUGCAAUGGGAACUUUAAAGUUUCCCAGUCCGAGGCUCUACUGGGAGGACUUGACUAAGGUGCCCUUGAUUGCUGACGCCAUGCCAUUUUCCCGUUUCCUCGAGCUGUCUCGCACGUUGAAGCUUGCCUCUCCUGUAAAGGAUCCAGUCAACAGUAAUGUUCAGGAAGGAAGACAUGAAAUUGACUUUCAAAAUGCACAGCAAGGUAAAACUCUUUCAAACAGACAAAGUGAAAUUUGUCAGCGCAGUGAUGGGCAGAGGCAAGGGGACACGCCAACUGACCCGAACAGUUCAAAAACAGAGACUGAUCCCCUGUGGAAGGCUCAGCCAUUAUUGUGCCGUUUCAAAGCAGGGUGCCAGUCACUAAGACAAGAGGGUGAUUAUGCAGUUGACCAAUAUCCACUUCCUUUGACUGGGAAGAUGCACAAUAAGAAACUGUCUCUUAACUGUACUACAUUAAUUGGAUUUGGCGGUUUUCUCUUACAUGUGGAUCUUAAGUUGGGUCUGUCGGGCAAAGAAGAUGCUGUAGAAAAAAUGGUUCCCAAAGGUAGUAUGGUGUUUCUAUGCAAACAGGAACUCUCCACCCCUGCUAUGCUCGAGCGUUUGUUAGUUGCUGGGGUUCAUGGUGCAGGAAGGGUAGGAGGAGCCCGAGGACAGAUCGGGGAUGAGUUUGUAAGCUCUGACGGGAAGCUGAUGUUACGCAGAUCACACUGUGGCUUCAUACUUUCUACCGCGGGACAUGGCCAGAGGAACAUGGCUUCACUCAUUGACAACUUUGAGAUGGCCCAGAUGUCCGCUCAUCUCAACAGAGAUUUGCUGAAUCUGUACUCUAUCCCUCUCACUGCCUCGGCCCCAACCUGCUGGCCUCAAGCGGUACUCUGGUACCUAACAGAUCUGGCUUUGGUCAACUCCUGGCUCCUACACAGACAGGAACACGGGGCAGCGUCUGCGCCUUUGACUCUCAUGGCCUUCAGAUUGGAGGUGUCCAAGGCUUUGAUCCUCUCCAGCGGCUCUGACACCCAGGACUCAGUUUCCCCUCAACCCCCCAAAGAUACGGCUCAUGCAACAAAUGAAACCCCCAAUCCCAGCCUGGUUGAGGAGAGUCCUCUGCCAGAUGCAGCCACACGGUACGACGGUUCAGGCCACUGGCCAGAGCAACUUGGGGAGGGAGAAGGGGGCAGGUGUCGCUUUGGGGACUGUCAGAGAACAUCUCGAGUGCUAUGUCUUAAGUGCUGUGUCUUUCUUUGUAUCUCGCGCAACCACAACUGCUUUUUGAAUUUCCAUAAUCAAGGGAGUUUGGGAAAAGAGUAGUGCCAACUACAGAGUUCACCCUUUAUUUUUAUUUUUGUGAUACAUUUUGUUUUCAAUAAUUGAGUCAAUAAAAUAACAAUAAUUGAUUUAAUAAUCAAUUUUCAAUACCGGAGGUUAGAUUGAGAAUAACCGCAAAUCAUCAGCCUCUAUUCAUCUGUGAUACUGGACAUGGAUCAUUUGAACAUAAGUCUACAAAGAUGGUAUUCUUGUCUAUCCACGUAUUAGGAAUUAAUUAACUGCCCGACAAAGGGCUCUUUUUUCCCCCUCCGUUUUUUUCAACAUUUUGCUUUCUGAUUUAGAAUGUAACUGUGCUUUUGGUGUAUGAAAACCAAGCUAAUCAAAGAAUUGUAUUAUCUCCUCUGUCCUUACAACUUUUCCAAUAUGCCUUUCACUGGCAGUAGCAUUCUUUUGAAGUAUUAUUUGUGCUGCAGUGUGCUGCAAAUGCUUUGUGAUGUGGCUUAUGUCAUUGAGCAAGUGUAAAAAUGAAUUUGCCUUCAGAAGGAAGUGUAAAAAUAAAAAAAAAUAAAAAACAUAGCCAUACACUUGCUGCAAAAGGAGCGCAACAUAUGAUUGUGACAUUGCAGUUAUUGUGAUUUUUUUUUUUUUAUUUUAUUUUAACCUGACUGAAUUUACUUUCCAUA